GUCUGGAAAGGUUCGCUUUCGGUACGCACAACAACGAACAACAAGGUUCUUCUGGACGCGACAUGAUGAAUGCAGCUCAAGAAAUAUCCAUAGCAAGCGCAACAGGACCUCCUGCUUCACAUCAACAGCAUCAGCUUCAACACAGUGCUGGACAACAAUCUUCUACUCAACCUCCAAGUCAUUUGAAUACUACUGCUCUGCUACAGCUUUCAACAUCUAUUUCAGGAGCGCAUCAACAUCCAGUCACUCAAGGAGGUAGUCUCACACACACUCAAGGUCAGGGAGGACAUCACCAGCUGGACCAACAAACAUCUUCUCAGGACAAUGCUGCGAAUGUCACUGCUGGUGGAGCAGGGUCUGAAAGUUUUAUGUCGCUCGAAGAAGACUUGAAUUUUGAUUUUCGUCGUUCCGUCAGCAAGAUGGAAAAAACAAUCACAAACUGCACAGCCAUGACGUGCAACACGAACAAUUUCAACAACAUCAACCCGUACAACGACCAGAACAAUAGCUCUAUGAACAUUAAUCAAAACUGUGGAGGUUCUUCAGUGGGAGCAGGAGUUCCUGGAAGUAUGCCAACUGCUAUGACGCCUCCAGGCGAUAGCUAUUUCGCUAACCGAAGUUCCCCUUGCAGAAACGACAUGCUCAACAAUGAACUCCUAAAUAUAAAUGGAGGUGGUUGUAGUGUCUCUUCGAAUGGCUACAACUUGGCGCACCAUAUGAUGUUGAACAACAGCGAUGUAGGACCACAGCGACAAAGUCAGGGACAGACUGGACCAGGUGCAGGAGCAGCUUCUACAGCAUCCAUCUCCUAUCAGCAACACGAACAACUCGGGAAGACAACCUCUACCAGCAUGGCUGAACUGAUGCGUCUUUGUCCUGGCAAAUUCGCGCCCAGUGGGACAUCAUCUCAGUCUCUAGCACAGCACCUAUUCGAACAGAGCACAGGUGGCGGCAACAUGUCUCAGGUUUGCUCUCCUCAGCAGCUGCUCAAUGCUGGCGCAGCCCAUCAGGAUCCCACUGGACAAGGUUCUUAUCCAUGGACAACUACUAGUACUGCAGCACUACAAAAGAAUAAUUACAUCACCCAUGAACAACAUCUACAUCCCUCGCAACAUGAUAUCAUGUUGAACUACAACGAAGGUUCAUCUUCUGGCUCCUGUAUUAACCCGCAAGCUGGUUUGAGCGCUGCGUCCUCAUCGUCUACAACUUCAGGGUAUAAUUACACAACCACCACGACAGCAGAAAACAGUAGAUAUCAUCUCCCCAGCCAUCAGGACUCUUCGUCAUCUUACAACAUUGGUCAAUUACAGCAACACCAACAUCGACGGGACCAACAUGUGAACUCAAUCUCAAAUGCAGCAGGGUACGAGCAGCCCUUUCCGUCUCCGAGUUCCUCACUGGCCGCUUCUGCUGCCAGCGGCCAAAUGUCGUCACCCAUGACGUAUCUGCCUUUGACACUACAAGAAUACAACGAGCCCUCUUCUUACGGAAGUUAUUGUCCUCCUCAAUCUGGUAUGUCCGGAGGCGUUCACAGCAUCCAGCAACCAACUUCACGUUCUCUUCAACACGUCGGAGGUCACCCUUCACCGCACCAUCCGAUGCAUCAUCAGCCGCAUUCCAGAGCCAUGUCGAUGACCUAUAAUACGCUCAAGGCUUCGGCCUCGCCAACUGGGUAUGCUUCGGCUUCGCCCACGGCUGCAGGUAUGAGACCCUACAACAAAGGUGGACGCACGACAUCAGUUGAGCUAGCGGGGAGAGGGUCUCCCAUGCCGUCGCCAAUGGCGUCACCGCAAGCUGCUGAACGUGGUGCUUUGCAUUUACUGCGCUUUCAAGGCGACGAGGGUUAUCAAACCCAUCUCCAAACCCAUCCUCGGGUGCGCAGUAACACCAGUUUUCAACUAUGGUCGAAUUUCGACACUGCGCUGGCACAUCACCCAAGUGGGUCAGUGUCGUGUCGACACGCAGCGUCUUUGUUUACCGGUCGCAGAGAAGCUGUGCCUCCAUUUUUUUAAGACAAGACCUCAGAGUUCAUCCAAUAUCUUUGCACUCGCAGGUACUCCUAGAAGUACUCUUGUCGACUACUCUGGUCAACUUUUCUAUGGUCCUCCUUCUAGAAUUCCUUGGCGUUCCUUCUAGAAUUCCUGAGAGAAGACGACGCUCGAUGAGCUAGAAAACAAUUACAAUUCACCCAACAUCGAAGAUAGCGCCUCUCCUCUAAUCCUCUUUCCACCAAUUUGACGAAGAACCACCAGAAGAUGAUCGUAAGAUCGAUUACGACUACGAACAAGAUCUGUCCUGCCAGACAAGGGGAACUAUAGCAGAACAGCCGCAACUACCAGGUGUGACACGAAGUACCUCAGGUCAGGGUCCUCAGCAUCCACGUACUACUUGUUCUCCGAUGGCAGCACAGCAGAAGUCAUACUCAUAUCACAGCAGACAAUCGGGUGCGGCGGGACUCAUAUCGCAGCACCAACAGCAACAACAACACCAUCAGUCCUCCAGUAAGCCAAAUUCUUCCAGUAAGCCAAAUUCUUCCAGUAAGCCAAAUUCUUCCAGUGAAAAUAACUUGACCACGCCUGAAGCUCUGGCGUUUCUCGCUGACAGCCAGAACGAUGACGGCGAGAUCAAUGCUCCAUCGCCUAAGGACCCGAUGGUUGCGGUUCCUUCGAAGGGAGGCUCGCGAGGAGGGCCGACUGCUGCUGCGAGGUAAAAAUGUACUUCAUUAUCAGAUUAUGAAUAUUGUCGGCUAUGCUUUGUCCUUAAUCGGUCAACAAUCUAGUAGUCCCUUCACAUAUAUUAUCGGUUGUUGUGGGAGUCGACCUUAUUGUCGGCAUCGGCUGCCAUUUUGUCUCUACCACGCUUGUGGUCAAGAAUUAUACUAUAGCCAUAUUAUCAGGGGCACUCACAUGACCACGUGGUUCGGCAUUUUUUACAUGUCGCUAUAAAAACAGGGCAAGCAAGAGCAAGUCUCGAUUUGAUGCGGAUCCUGUGGUAAAAGAUUUUAUGGAGACGCCGACACAUCGACAGGCUUCGCCAUUAAACGGGUUCGAUCUUGCUUGGACUUGAGAUGUUCCACUUCGGUGAAGAAAAUCAGAAGUAGAACUAGCUUUUCUAUCAACGCCGUUGGAGUCUACAGGCAUCAAAAAGCGAAGACAGAAAAACCAUUGCCCUUGGUACAUGAAGAUGGAUCAAUUACUACAGCAUUUAGAAGAUGACGAAAAGCAUGAGCAUGACCGGUACCUUCAUCGUAUAAGAUGUAGUAUAGAAUGAAUGGACUGACUAAAGAGUGCCACGGGAAAAUAACGUGAAAAUAUUUAGAUGGCAUCGUAAGAGGAUCGCGCGUCGCGCGACCGCUAUCUAACUUUGCAGCACCUGAACAAGAUGUAGUGAAAAAAUGAUAUGGGGUAAAAUCCAUCUACAGAUUUGGAUACCAUCUUGAUCUUCGCUGGAUGACUUCCGCCUAUUCCCCAGUUGUAACGAAAAUGAAGAGAACAAGUAGAAAGCAAAAUUGGUGAAAAAUGUGUAAACAUGGGUUGUCGUUAGCCUCUGGUUCUACUAGAAAAAUAUUGACUAGAAAGAAUCUACUAACAGAGUAUUCAGGGUUUUGGGUUAUCGUUGUCGCCAAUUGCCCUGUGCGCUCCUCCAGCACUUGUCAGACACAUCACCUCACGAAAGUUUCGGACAUUGACGAGGUUCAUAACGUUAACGUCGAGGGUGAAGACUGAGAAUUGUAAACUAUCGCGUCCUCCAAUACGAGCGACCACGAGUUGUUAUCGGGAUGUGGUUGGAGACACGGAUGCGUAGAAGAGAAGGUAAACAAGGACAGAAUUUGAAUGAAACAAAAUACUAGUUCUAGUGGUCCAAAGUAGUAUGUAGUAGCAAGAAUAGCUCGACGGGGGCUUCGCGGUCGAGGGAAGCCAAAAGAAGUCAUCAAGUGCAACAGCACGAGCAUAUGUGUAUGUCAGAUCUUCAUGGGAAGCUCCUGGUCAACAGCACGUCAAAAUGAAAAUCAGCAUGUAGUUGUAAAUCUAAGGAACCCGCCCUACCUCCCGCCCCACCUCGCUACUAAAAUAUAUACUGUAAUUCUAGGAAUCUCGUUCUGGAAGAAGCCGCACGAUCAUGAUUCUGCGUAGAAAAAUGAAUCAAAAACUCAAAUGAACUGUCUUCACGCUAGUGGUCAUUGGAACACCUCAAUACUAGUAGUUUAAAUAGUAGUUGACGAUACUUGACGGACUGUGUAUUUAAUGGAAAACUUGAUAGGGUGGUGGUACACGGACAAGCCUGAACAACACUGAACUGAUACCGGAUGAGAGUGCACCUCCACCUUGUCAUUAUCGUUAUGAGAUUACAUUUUUAUAGAUAAUUUAUGCACUACUUGAUCCCGGUAGAGGUUAACGAUGGCGUUGACUUCUCGUCGUACAUCUUCCUGUCUUGUUUUCUACUGUUUUUAGGGGUGGCUAUGAUGAAGAUCAUAUUCAAACUCAUACAUAGUAUCUUACACUUGUAUAAAAGAACCAACAACGUGAACAUUUCCGAGGGAAGGUUGUUCAUCUUGUUGUGACGGACACAGGCGACGGCAACUGAAUGACAUUUGCGGGUUGAUCUCAAAUAUCAUGGGUGGAGAACAUGCUAUUUCGUCACUCAAGGACUAAGAUAAUCAUUGUCAAAGGAUAGAAUAGAAUUUGUUGCAGGCUAAUAUGAAUCUUGAUGUUUCAGUUUCAGCGACAAGAUUUAAACAAAGACGAGCAAACCCACGAACGUCUUGGUGUUAUCUUCCCCGACACUGAUUAUACUGCAAGCGCCGCACAGUCAAACGUAAUCACCUUAAUACAUGAUUGAACGCCCUCGCUUCAUCGAAUUUG